UAGACGAAGCAAGAUGUGAGUGUGGUUGCACUGAUAAGUAUAAAUUGGUGGAUGUGGGUUAAAUCAGAAAAUAUUGUCUUUCAAUCAAGCUACACUUUUUACCUCACUACACGUUCCACUACUGGCUUGUUUAAAAAAAAAUGGCAGAUCCAAAUCAAGAGAUCAAGUACACCAAACUUUUCAUUAACAACGAAUUUGUUGACUCUGUCAGCAAGAAAACAUUUGCAGUACAAAAUCCAGCAACUGAGAAAAUAGUGACACAGAUUGCUGAAGGAGACAAAGCUGAUGUGGAUCUAGCCGUCGAAGCUGCACGUAAAGCAUUCUGUCGAGGUUCGGAAUGGCGGAAUACAGAUCCAACGGCUAGGGGAACCUUGCUUAAUAACUUAGCCGCGCUUGUGGAUCGUGACAGUGAUACCAUUGCCAAUUUGACGGUACUAGAAAGUGGGAAAGCGUUUCCUGUUGCCAAGAUGGAAAAUACGAGAUUUAGUCAGAUAUUGAGAUACUAUGCCGGUUUUGUGGACAAAUAUUGUGGUAAAACCAUUCCCGUUGACGGUUCCGUUUUCACCUAUACGCGGAAGGAACCGAUUGGUGUUGUUGGUCUGAUCUUGCCAUGGAAUUUUCCCGUCAUAAUGCUAGCAUAUAAGUGGGCUCCAGCUAUCGCAGCUGGAUGUACUAUUGUUACAAAACCAGCUGAACAAACACCCAUGUCUGCCCUUUACAUUGCUGCAUUGUCUAAGGAAGCUGGUUUUCCCGAUGGGGUUUUAAAUGUGGUCAAUGGUUUCGGUCCAACCGUGGGGCAUUCGAUUGUCUCGCAUAUGGAUGUUCGUAAGGUUGCCUUCACUGGAUCCACUGAAAUCGGCAGACUUAUAAUGAAGACAGCGGCUGACUCAAAUCUUAAAAAGGUAUCUCUGGAGCUUGGCGGCAAGAGUCCGUUGGUAAUCUGUGAUGACGUCGAUCUUGACGAGGCAGUUCCAUUAGCACAAAAUGCUAUCUUCAUGAACCAUGGUCAAGUAUGUUUCGCAGCUUCUCGCACGUACGUACAGGAGGGCAUUUAUGAUGAAUUUGUAAAAAGAUCGGCAACUUUGGCGUUAUCACGCAAAGUCGGAGAUCCAUUUGCUCCCGACACCAGUCAGGGACCACAGAUCGAUGAAGAAUCGAUUAAGAAAAUUUUAACUUUUGUUGAAUCGGGCAAACAGAGUGGAGCAAAAUUAGAAGCUGGCGGCAAGAGAAUCGGAACUGUUGGACACUUUAUGGAACCGACAGUAUUUUCGAAUGUCACUGACGAUAUGACCAUAGCUAAGCACGAAAUCUUUGGACCAGUACAAUGCAUCCUAAAAUUCAAAACGAUUGACGAAGUUAUUGAACGGGCCAAUCGAACGAAUUAUGGGUUGAUGGCUGGAAUAUUGACCAAAAAUAUCGACACAGCAUUCACAUUUGCUAAUGCAGUCGAAGCAGGUACUGUAUGGGUUAAUUGUUAUAAUGCUGGUGCGGUUGGCGCACCUUUCGGCGGUUACAAGGAGUCUGGCAUUGGUCGUGAGUUGGGUGAAGAAGGGUUGAACUUAUAUUUAGAAACUAAGACUGUUGGCAUUAAACUUCCGCACAGAAAUUAGUCGAA